CGACGCACGCGCGCGCCGCUCGCGCUUGCGCAGAGCCCAGCGGCCGCCUAACGGUCCUUUAAGGGCUGCCCCGCGGCUGGCGGGCCGCCAUGGCGUCCUCGACGUGCCGCAGGGUGGCCGUGGUCUCCUGCCUGGUGCUCUGCGUCUCACUCCUCCUGCCGCGGACCUUCUUGUCUCGGGGAGGGGGCGGCAGGCAGGAGCCCGGGGCCGCGCCGCUCGCAGCCCCCGGGCCGCCCGAGGGGAAGCUUGGUCGCUUUCCACCCAGGAUGCAUUACCAGGCGACUCCCGACAGCCGAGCUGCCCCUCCUUUCCCAAGGUCUCACCUCUCUGAAGCAGUCGCCAAGGCCAAGGCCGGUGGAGGUGGUGGUGGAAGCGCUGGUGGAGCUGGGAGAGGUCUUGUGGGGCAAAUCAUCCCUAUAUAUGGAUUUGGCAUCUUCUUGUAUAUCUUGUAUAUCUUAUUUAAGCUGGCUUCCAAGGGAAAAACUACCCCUGGAGAACGGAAAUGCCCUCCUGCUGCACCUGGAAACAUGAAGAGGAAAAUCACUGACUAUGAGCUCACCCAGCUCCAGGAGAAGCUGAGAGAGACUGAAGAAGCUAUGGAAAAAUUAAUCAACAGAGUAGGCCCUAACUGUGACAGGACUCAAAAUGUUACAACAGACCAGGAAAAAAGGUUACUUCAGCAACUCCGAGAAAUUACUAGGGUUAUGAAAGAAGGCAAAUUCAUAGAUGGCAUCUCUCCUGAGAAAGAAGCUGAAGAAGCUCCUUACAUGGAGGACUGGGAAGGUUACCCAGAAGAGACGUAUCCCAUCUAUGAUAAUUCCGAUUGCUUCAGGCGCAAACAGGACACAAUCCUUGUAGAUUAUCCUGACCUGAGCCAGCCCUCUGCCGAAGAACUGGCAGAAAGAAUGGAGGGCAUGGAAGACGACGAGUACCUGUGCAAUGAAGCCCUGCUAUCUGAUCUCACCAUGGGAAGGGACAGUCAUGAUUUAAUGCAGAAAAAAGAUGAGGUAGCUGGCAUCAGUGAAGAGGGGAGGGACCUUCAACAUAGCCAAAGCAUUGAGGAGUGCUGUUAUUGUUGUGAGGAGGAGGAGGAUCCUGCUAUAAUAGCAGAAAAUGCUGUAUUUCAUUCGGAGAGCGGCAGCGAAGCGGAAGAGCCAACCCUAGAGGACCUGUCCAUGGAGUCUCUCAGUGAAAACGCAGCACUGAGAAAGCAGAAAGCCAGUGAUUCAGAUGAAAUGGGCAUGCUGAGAAAGCGCAACACAAAAGGACUUGAGUAAUAGUGACAAUACAUGGAUGCCAUCUAAGUGGUGACAGUAAAGGUCAUAAACUGCCAAUUUGUGUGGUUUCUUGUUCCUGAAGAGCAAAAUUCUUUAUUCUUCUCCUUGUACUAACUUCAUUCCCACAGUAACAAUCACAUCAUCUACCUGAACUGGAAGCCAGUGCCCUCUUUAAUGCAGUUCUUGUCAGCUCAUUGCUGCUUUGCCAGGAGCACUUUGUCAUUGCUUUUUGGGACUGAUACAUUGAAGCAGGUCAUUCCAUUCAGGUAUUUGUGGUUUUAUUCCUUUCCAGUUUCUGAACAAGUUCUUAUUUCUGUUGUUGUCCAAGAGUAAACAAACUGUCUCUUUUCUCAAAAAAAAAUCUGUGUGUUACCAGUUAUGAAAAUGAAUCAGAUUCAGAUACAUUUAAGAGAUUACCAGGAAGCUGGAGGAGAAAGUAUGCCUUCUUACUCUUAACUGAUCAGCAUAAUAGACCAUAGUCACAGAAGCAACUCUCAACCGUGUCGUUGCUGCUCUAAGUCCAAUAAACUAUUGUUGCUACAAUCCCCAAAGCUCACAUACGACCAAAAUCCACACCAUGUUUCCCAGUUUAUUUUCUGCUGCAGAACCUGUAGCCUAACCUGCUCUGUGUCCCAAGAAGAGCAGGAGCAAGACUGAAGCAUAAGGAGUUGUUCUUUGUCUUCGCCUUGGUGAAAUGUCUUGGUGCGCUUCCCAGAGGAGUACUGGAAUCAGCCCAUACUUUGCACUACGGAAGAACAUUAAAAGUACCCCUGGUGACUGGCUCUGGGACUUGGGAAGUACUGGAAGUAUGUUGGAACAGCUCACUUGAAUCCACGCAUGUCUUUUGUUUAACAAAAUGUGUGUGUAACCACUGCAUUCCAGCUGUAUUUCCUGAUCACCAGGACGUAUCUUGAAUUUGACCAGGGAAAGAAAAGCAACAAGGACAACAAAGCAUCUUUCGCUGCUUAGUCAUAUCUGGUUUGUUGUUCAAUGGGUGUCUGUCUUUGAGGCAUCUCUUUUGUUUCCAUUGAUUGGUUGUUAUUAUUGUUAUUAUUAAUUCCAGGUUACAACUGUAGUCUGAUGUUUACAGUGUAUAUGUUAUUCAUAAAGAAUUCCUACUACAGGAAUUAACUUAUUCUUUAUUUUUUAAUGCUGGUGGAAGAGAGAAGAUAAUAGAGGAAAGGUAUUUGACACUCUUACUAAGAGUCUUUAUCUUAAAUCUUUUUGUAGACCUGUGUUUAUUUAUUUAUAUUCCUGGACUUUCAACACUUUCUCUGUUCACCAUGGCAGUAGUUUGACCUCUGUCUCUGAGCAGGGCUUGUGUUCUCUUUGCUGGGAAUCCCGUCUGCGUGGCUGCAGCACCCAGGACCUGACACACAGUGUUUCUGUCUAAGCCAGAAUCUUUGCAGGUGAGAAUACCAAAUCAUAUUUGUUCUGCUUUAGUCACUGUCCUUGAGCUGGGGCACAACAUCAGCUAGUAUUGGUCACUGAUAGGGAAGGCUAUUUUCACGCUCCUUGCCUGCAAAUAUUGUCACAUACCUUCAAAACAUGACUUCUAAUCACAUUCUUGUCUAGCCACAUACCUACACUGGAAAAGGACGUUGUCCUCAUUUGAAAACCACAUUUUAUUUAGAGAAUACGUUAAUAUCAAAGACAGCUAUUAAAGCUCUGCGUUCCUUCCACUGCAAGUAGCGUUGUCCAUCUGUGCUGUGAACAAUGCUUGCACUAUUAAACACUACUAGAAGUCACACGAGUGGAAUCUGAGUGUGGGACAGUGGACAUUCCUGGUUCUUCUGUAGACAUGGUCAAGCUGGACUGAUACAGCUGCAUGACUUGCAAAGCAUAGCCUUUAUUUGUUACUUUCCAGUGUUAAGAGACAGGUGAAGGCUGCAAGGGAUGGAGCAGUAGCCCAGGCCUGUUGCCCUGAAAUACAGGGAUGCUGUCUUAGGUCUCCUGUGCCUUUUAGAAAUGGGGGCUUUUGGAAGAUGUUACCUGCCUAUAGAAAUAACGUACUUAUGUUGUACUUCAAAUUCCAGCUGCUUGUAACGGUAUGUGAAAUUGUAAAAGUUCCGUUUCAUUUAAAUUCAUGCAAAUUUUGUGCAGUGUACAGAAAAGUGGCACUAUGCACCAAGUAAAAGGUAGAGUUUUUAGCUACGUUUGUACAUUGAGAAGCUAAAAUGUAGUAAGUUGUCUGUAAGAAAUUCCAUGCUCCCGAAUGUGUUAGUUGCAAAAAAUAGCGGAGACUGCGGCAAAAUACCCUUACUGCUGACAGCUCUACUCAUGACAAUAUUCAGAAGUCACUAUUUGCGUGUGUGGCACUGGAUGAUGCACACAAAUGUGGGAUAAAUGUUCCUGCUGACCUCUUGGUGGCUGGUGUGUCUGUACUGACUAAGCGAGUAGGCUGACCUGGCCUUGAGACAGCACUGAGCACAAAGGCACAGAUAUUUCGAUUGUAUCUUCUAACUUCUGAGCGCUGCAUCAGUAAUGGCCCAAAUACUGCAGAGGUAAACCCAAUAGCCAGGCAUGUAACAUGAAAACUUCUUGAGAAACAGAAAGGGAGACGCACCCCCUAAUGCUAUAAACUUAACAGUAUAUUUUGACAUGAUGCUUUCUGAAAGGAGAAUAGAUGAGUGAUAGUAAACUAAGAGCUAGAUCUACAUGAGUAAGGAAUAGCAACAAACCAGCAUUUCAGGUGCCCACUGGUCUAGCAGAAAUUCUGCUUUUUAAGUACGGUGGAGGAAGCAUGAGGUGUUCCUGCUGUCAGACAUGACCCAGCUAAGCUGAGAGCUGUUUCAGCUGGAAAGCAGAAAUGCCAAAGGGAAGACUUACCCCUGAAAAGAUUAUUUUUGGACUCGAAGGUCGCUAUGUCAAUUUAUAAAUGUCAGUAAGGAAUUUGUGAAGCACUGAAGGGCUGUCUCAGCCUUUCCUCCUGGAAACUAGGGACAGAGGCAGCCUGUGUUAAUGAGGGCACUCACCACAGUAGUGGGGGGCAUUUGUAAGUCCUCACACCGAUCUGAAGCAAGGACCUCAGCUGUCCAAGGGUGGCCUACCAGCAGGCCGUAGGCUUCUCAGCUUGUCCUUUGGAACUGUUUGACUUUGCAUUGGCAGUUAAAUCCUGCUCGUGUCAGCAGGAGAAAUGUCAAGAAAUUGAUGGGUGUGACAAUACUAUGUUUCCACCUUAAGAGCAAAAAUUCAAUGCCUAAAUCAAGUCUGGAUUUUGACCUUGAUCUCUUCCAACCUCCCAAUAAGAAAAAGUGCCCUCCUAACACAACAGCCAGUUGCUAGGGCUGCUUUUGAUGCCUGUGAUACAGCCGACGGCUUCGUAUUCCUUUGCAGCGAUACUAGGAGAAAAUGAUUCUAAUGCAGGGUGACAGGGUGGUGCCAAAGAGUCUAAACAGCUCAGUCUUGAGGUCUUGAUUGCCUUGGCAGCGUCCAGGGUACCAGGAAGUGCUCUUAGGACGUAGCCUGUGAUACCUCAAACAGCAGCUUUCAAACUAAUACUCCUCUUGUUCAUAUGACACUUCCUUCCUGUUUCUUUCCUUCAGUUUUCCUCCUCUGAAACAGAGAUGUGUAUUUAUAUAUGCGUUUUAGAAAAUCACCUCAGAGGUUUGUCCAGCAUUCUUAAUUAUUAAUUGCUCGCUUUUAGCAGGGAAGAGUUGUCAUUUAAAGAAGAGUGUAUCUGAAUAAAAUUGGGUUUCUGCAAAGAACCUCUCAGAUAAUUAAAUCAAAAUCAAAUGUCAGAACAGCAGCAAACCCAGGACUCGGGGGGGAAAAAAUGCAGAAGCUCUGGUCUCCCAAUGAAAGCAGUCAGACUUGCUCAGUAAAAGCAUUUGCUCUUUUACUUAAAAUGUUUCUUAAAAAAAUAAAUGGGUAUACUUGUUACAGGUAAAAUGAUGUGUUCUUUCACUUAGAUAUUCUGACAAAACUAUUGCCAUCACAGAAGUGCUAAUAAUUCCUGGGUAUUUGUUAAUGGUUACAGAUAGAUAGUUAGAGACGUUAGAUGAGAUCAGAAAGUAAAGCAUGAACUAUGAGUGUUUGUCCCAAAAAAUCCUGUUAAAAAGAUUAUGAGCUAAUGUUUGUAUAACAGGCGAGCAUCUAGGAAGUUUGUGAUCUGACUCAGUGCAUCAGAAAUUGGUGUUUUUAUGUUGGAUUCUUUUUUCCAGCUAAGAAUAUGAAAAUUAUGAUUAAUUUUGAGGUCACAUAACAAUCUAGUGCAAUAAUCUUAAAGUAUUUUUCCUUGUACAUCAGAAUCCAAAUAUUGUUUAUAACUUACCUAUUGCAAGCACUGGACAAGAUAACGCAGUUAAGAGUUACAAACUAAUCCAUGUUUCAGUCUUUGUAUACAGCUGCAUAUGCCAAUGGAAAUGUGUGACGUGUCAGAUCACGCAGACUAAGUAUCCUGUGUACAAACUGAGCUGGAAAGGCUGCUCUAGCCUAGGGAUUUUGAUCAGCUUUGGAGCUUCACCAGUUUUAGGGAGGGGCAGAUUCCUAGAAAGCAAACAGACAGCUGACAGGAGGCUCAUUUUUCUCAGUUACCUUUCCAGGAUGUGUUAAGUACAGCCCGGCCCCUCCUCUCUGCUGGUAACCGCUGUUGCCAAAUGCAAAGAUGACUCAAAUGUACGUUAUUCCCAACAGAAGAAAGUGUGACUCUACAGUUAAUGAAAGUUUCUAAGAUUUCAAAGUAUCUGUUUCGAAAGCCAUCUGUGCCAAGGGUCACUAGAGCUGUAGUCAGAAACUUUUGACUCCAGUUUGAAUUAUCUGCGUUUGUGGGAGAGACGGAGGACAUAGACUUUUCCCCUUUCCCAUACUUAUUUGAAGUGUGGGUGUUCUAUUGGGAUUGUGCAGUGGAUUAUUCCUGCCUGAGCUGUUCUUUGCUCGUCUUUAAAACCUAUGCUCUCCCUGGCUUUUCUGACCACUUUUCAAACUAAUUUUUGUAUCCGUGAGUAUGCCAAAAAUGUACUCCUUAACAGAUAGCUGGAACUGGUGAGAGCUGGUUUAGCUUGCAGCAAACAGCAUUGGGGUAGCAGGAACUUGAACGUGGUAGUCCAACAGUAGCAACCUAGGAGCAAAUAGUUGGGCCUCUGCUUAGCCACUGUGCGUUAAGGAUCUCAUUGUCCUCUUUGUGAAAAUGGGAACCCUGAUGAGAAAGAUUUCUACCGUGUGUACAGAGGGCAAGUCGCUGAGCAUGCAGUUCAACAAAAACUGACAUCUGAUAAGCUGUGCCAGUCUGUGGAAGCUGGCACUGAUACAAUAGCUUCCUAAGGUUAUACUUUGUGUUUGAAAUUCAUGUUAGCAUCAAAGGUAAACUUUAAAUUUAAACUGCAACAGGAGGAGUUUAAAGUUCUAAUCUAGAAAACCUCUGUAUUCUGUGUAGGUAAUUUAUUAAGGGAUUUCUGACCUUGGAUAUGUUAAGGCAGAGUUGUUUCCAGCAAACGAUGUUUAAUAUUUCUAUACAAUGUUCUGUAUUAACAAACAGUGGCAUAAAGUAAAUAACAGUAAAUAAUGUGAAAAUAAGAAAUGGGUCAUUGUGUAUAUAUACUGGUAAAUAAACACAUUUACUCCAGAAUUCCAAAGAGUUUCAUGAAAAAAAAUUUACUUCAAGAUAGCACAUUCUUGCAGUUUUAUCUGAAACUUCACAGGGGUUUAACCAAAGUGAGAUGCUUAAAACAGGCCCAGACAGCCUUGUGCAAAUAGCUGUAACCUAUUAGAGGCCGGACGAAGAAAACGUGACUGGUUCUCAGGAUUAAGACAAUGUUUGUCAAUUUUAGUAUUUUCCAUUUUUUGAAUUCCAAAUAACUUGAAGGAAAUGCAGACUAUAACAUACUCAUGUUUUACUGUAUAUCAUCGGUUUAUUGAAGAAAGGCAAAGAGAUGUAUUAGAAAAUGUUUACAGUCGGAAUAAAAAAAAUGAACAGAA